GUGUGUGGAGAGGUGGAGAACUACAUUUCCCAGAAGUCUCCACGCCACUUCCCGUUUAAAGGAUCGGGAGUCAGCUGAGCGAUUGUAAACAAACUGGGCUUUUUCCUCAAGGGCCUGUAAAGAGCUGUACGGCGUGUUAGGGGCCACAGGACGACUCAGGGGCCCAGUAGUGCUGAGCGUACAUCAGUGGGAAGCUGCCAUAGAAUACCAUCUGCUAUAUUCGGAGCACAAAGCAUCAGCGACAUGGAGGAAAACAAGGUAUCUGGAGGAAAGGUGAAGAAGCCUGGAAAGAGGGGGAGGAAACCAGCCAAAAUUGACCUGAAAGCCAAACUGGAGCGAAGCCGUCAGAGCGCGCGGGAAUGUCGAGCCCGGAAGAAACUGCGUUACCAGUACCUGGAGGAGUUGGUGUCCAGCCGGGAACGAGCCAUCUGUGCUCUGAGGGAGGAGCUGGAGAUGUACAAGCAGUGGUGUAAAGCGAUGGAUCAAGGUAAAAUUCCAUCUGAAAUCCGAGCUCUUCUCACCGGAGAGGAACUUAAUAAAUCUUCAAAUUCCAGUAAACAGCAAAGAUCCGUAAAAACAGAACCAGCUGAGAAAUGAAAUGGAGCGGUGUGUUCUUUUAUUGGUUGGACACGUCUAUGCACAGACGGCUAUGUGGAGGAACGGGGGUCUGGCAGCUAAGAAUCUAUUAUGGCCCCUCUGGACCCAAGACCCCUGAUCGUAACAUCAGACAGGAAUGGAAGUCACAUUGGACUCAUGUUUCUCUUGUGUUUGUGACUGCACGUCACCUCCCUGUCCGUAGCCAAGGAGAGAGACCGACCUUGCUCCCCAAAUAGGCUCCAGGGAUUAGAUACUUGGUGUUCUGCUUUUAGUGCUAUAAGAAGCUAGUCUCCUUACUAUUCUGUAACUACAUGCUCCAGUAUGCAAUGCAGAAUUGUGUCGGUCCAUUUAAGAAGAGUUCUUGGGGGUCAGACAUGUGCAUUCAAUGGGUAUAUCUGAAGUUAGCAGUGGCUGGAGCGUCAGCAUCUAUUGUCCGUUCUGCUUGAUGUUGUCUGUCAGUUCAGCUAACUGUAGCUUUACAGCUCUGCUACAUUACAGCCAUAGACAUACACACAAAGUGCCCUUAAAGGGAUUCUCUGAAUUUGACAGAAAGUAGCACAUCAUGUGUCCUGUCCAGAAAAAAACAACCAGUGGUAUGCUACAGAUAUGAGGAAAUCCUAUCACUGCACAAAAUGCAACAUUCCACUUCUUAGCUUAAAGGGUAACUCUACCCAAAACAAAUCCUUUCCUUACUCCCUUAUAACUUCUGGUUUAGUCAUCCAUAGCUUUGAGUUUCAUACCUCUUCUUCAUAUAUUAUUGGGGACAACCCCCCUCCCCUCCCCCCAGUUAUUAACAUCACCAAAUGAAAUAAGCUAGUUAUAGGGGAACUCCAGCAGAAUUCAUUACAAUA